AUGUGGCCACGGUACGCUGAGUUCGAGGUCGGCGUCGUUCAGCAGGACGCCCGGCAUGGGUGGGUGGCCGCCGGGUCGGGCCUGGUACAUGGCGGCAACGUGGGCGACGCGGUGAUAACACGCGCGAGCCACGUCCGGCGUGCCUUCGACAGCGAGUAUGCGCGCACCAGUCCGACCUUCCGCCUCGACGUCCUCCGACAAUACAUGUACGUCAAGUACCGCCGGUCGCGCGUCCACACCGGCCCGGGCGCGGAGAGCAAGCUCGCGCCGCUACAAGCCACAGUACGCCUGUGGCUGUUCUUUUCUGACGCGCGCUCAGAUCCGUGCGCACCUCGCCCGCUCGCGGACCGGCUUGCGAGCUUUACUUCGGCGCGGCGCGAGCUCGACGACUGGCUGGAUCAAGUCGCGGCGAGUGCUGAGACGGACAAGGACGCGGUGCGGUUGUAA